ACAGAAAGCCUGAGUCAGGCGGGCUCUGGCUAUUAAAGCGCUGGGUCGGGAGGGGCAGCAGGCACUUCAAGGAUGAGGCUUCCCGGCUGGUUCUGGCUGAGCUCCGCGGUCCUCGCUGCCUGCAGAGCAGGGCAGGUGCACAACCUGACCGAGGGGCUGGAGGAUGCGAGCGCCCAGGCUGCCUGCCCUGCGAGGCUGGAGGGCAGCGGGAAGUGCGAGGGGAGCCAGUGCCCCUUCCAGCUCACCCUGCCCACGCUGACCCUCCAGCUCCCGCGGCAGUUCGGCAGCAUGGAGGAGGUGCUCAAAGAAGUACGGACCCUCAAGGAAGCCGUGGACGGUCUGAGGAAAUCCUGCCAGGACUGCAAGUUGCAGGCUGACGACCAUCGAGACCCGGGCGGGAUGGCCUCCGACAGCAGAGUCCAGGAACUGGAGAGUCAGGUGAACAAGUUGUCCUCGGAGCUCAAGAAUGCAAAGGACGAGAUCCAGGGGCUGCAGGGGCGCCUGGAGACGCUCCAUCUUGUAAAUAUGAACAACAUCGAGACCUACGUUGACGACAAAGUGGCAAAUCUAACGUUUGUGGUCAACAGUUUGGACGGCAAAUGUUCCAAGUGUCCCAGCCAAGAGUUAAGCCAGCCACAGCCGGUUCAACAUCUAAUAUACAAAGAUUGCUCUGACUACUAUGCAAUAGGAAAGAGAAGCAGUGAGACCUACAGAGUCACACCUGAUCCCAGACACAGUAGCUUUGAGGUGUACUGUGACAUGGAGACCAUGGGGGGAGGCUGGACCGUGCUGCAGGCUCGCCUUGAUGGAAGUACCAACUUCACCAGAGAAUGGAAAGACUACAAAGUAGGCUUUGGAAACCUUGACCGAGAAUUUUGGCUGGGUAAUGAUAAAAUUCAUCUGCUGACCAAGAGUAAGGAAAUGAUUUUGAGAAUAGAUCUUGAAGACUUUAAUGGUGUCACACUGUAUGCCUUGUAUGAUCAGUUUUAUGUGGCUAAUGAAUUUCUCAAAUACCGAUUACAUAUCGGUAACUACAAUGGCACAGCGGGAGAUGCCUUACGUUUCAGUAAACAUUACAACCACGAUCUGAAGUUUUUCACCACCCCAGACAGAGACAAUGACAGGUAUCCCUCUGGGAACUGCGGGCUCUACUACAGCUCAGGCUGGUGGUUUGAUGCAUGUCUCUCUGCAAACUUAAAUGGCAAAUAUUAUCACCAGAAAUACAAAGGUGUCCGCAACGGGAUUUUCUGGGGCACCUGGCCAGGUAUAAGCCAAGCACAGCCUGGUGGCUACAAGUCCUCCUUUAAGCAGGCCAAGAUGAUGAUUAGACCCAAGAAUUUCAAGCCAUAAAUUGCUAGUGUUCAUCUCUCCAGGCACUCACUAUCUAAAGGCAAUGAAUUCCUUCUGACCUUUAUCAUAUGCUUGAGUUUAUAUUCCUUUCCUAUGGCUGAAACACUUCCUUUUAAACUUCACAGCUUUUAAAUAAAGCUAAAAAUAGCUAAAAAGACCACUUUGUUCCUGUUAUACAAGGAAUGCUUGAAAGCUCUGGAAAUAUUGACAAUUAUACAUUAUAUUUUCAAACCCUUUAAUUUUUAUUAGUUGAAAAGGUUUCCUACUAUAAUUAUUAUUUUUUACAAUUAAAAAACUAAAUUAUUCAGCAAGCUAAAUUCUAUAUAAGCAACUUUUAUUUUUACUAGAGCUAAACAUGCAUAUUUGAAAAUAUAUCAGUCUUUUCAGGCCAAAGUUAUUCGUGUAUCUGUAGCCAAGAACUGUAGUAUUUUGUUUGACCCAAGAAGACCUUAAAGCAUUUUAUUUCUCAAAAAAGAAGCGGGGUGUGGGAGUGUGGAGGGGGAGUAAUAUGUGUAGCUAAAAUUAUUCAUGUAAUAUUCAUGAAAUGUAGAAUAUGGCAUUAAAAUACCUUAAAAUUCGGUAAAAUAAUGUCUCUUCCCCAUCCAAACUGGAAACUGAUGGAACCCUGAAGACUUUGGUUUAGAGGUAAUUCAUUCACUGUCUACAGCCUGUCAGAACCUGAUGCAAAUGCUGCUUUGUUGUCAGCCUCUGCUCUACAUGCACAAUAGUUUCUAAUGUAAGGUGCUAGACUACUGUAAGGCUUCCUCGGGGAAAGGCAUAGGAGGGUGAAAACAUCUAUUUAUACUUUGAAAGCCAAUCCUAUACCCAAAGCAAUACUAUUGUUGAGGGAUCAACUUCCUAGGAAGCUGACUUUUCUAGAAUAACUUUAUUUAUUUAAGAUGAAUUUUGAAAUAGUUCAAAUGUUAUACAUUUUAAUCCUAGUCAAUUGCUUAUUUCACUCUCAGAAAUUCAAAGAAAAAGUACACACACACACACACACACACACACACACACACACACACACACUCCAAACAUAAGUUCCUAGAACUUUGAGAAUUCCUUAAUUGUGUAAUGCCAAAGAUCAUAUCACAAGGCUUUAGGAGCAGUUUCAUUUUUAUCAUUCUGAAAAGGGGCCCCUUCAGAGAGAAACAACCAGCUGCACAUUUUAAAAUGCUUUUGAGUGGAAUGUGAAGUGCUGUAUGUGGUCAGUCUUAUGAAGUAACUAACUGUACAGUAUGCAAUGUGUAAGCAACAACUAUGAUCUUUAAAGUUUUGGUGUGGUUUCCAAUAUACUAACCAAGCUUUAAAAUAUAUUUGUGAAGAUUCAAUUUCACUUAUAUUUUGCAUACAAUUAGGGAGAACAGUUACUGACUUUACUACUUAAAUUUUUGAAUAUGUAGCCAUUGUAGAAAAAUCUUUAAAAGGUACAAGAUAUUAUUUUAAAAAUAUGAAACAUGAAGUUUUAGGUAAAUACAAUGAAAAUGAAUCUAUUGUUAAUAUAAUUAAAUUACUAGAGUAAUGUAAAUACAUGCUAAUUAAGUGACCAAAAUAUAAAAUGUAGAUUUCAAAGACUGUUUACCUACUUGGUAGGAUAUUGAAUGUAAGUGGCAUAAUUGACUUUAUUUUUUCUUUAAAAAAAAAGACCAAGAAGAUUUUGAUAUUAUACAAUAUACAUGUUUCCAAUCCGUCUACUCUAUAUAACUGUAUAGGUCUAAGGAUGUUUCAGAAAAGUAUACACACAUGUGUAGUGUGUCUUUUUCAGGGAAGUUUGGUGAAUAACAUGUAAAUUAUCUUUGCACAUGCCAUGGAUCAAAAUGAUUUUUUCUAUUAUACUCUUAUGAUGUUUUUCUAAUGAGCUCUUUAACACAGAAAUUUACUUUUGAAAUCAUUUUCUGUCACUCAUUAAAAAAUAUAUUGUAGAGUUUGAUAAUCUUUAAACUGUUUACUGAAAUAGUCCUUUGUCUUAAUUGUUCACUAAUAUAUGCCAAUGCUCAUAAAUGUAUACUAUUUGCAAAUAUAUAUUUCUACAGUCUUGGUUUUAUUUGGGUGAUUAACACUGAUUUUAAUUAUUACUUUAUUGCUGAACAUUAUUAUCCUUUAAAAAUGCUGAGUGAAACUAAUUUCUUAGGAAUUUGGCUGAUUCAUAUAUCACUGAAAGAAAACGUAAUUUUGCUGAUAAGUAGUAAUGCACCAAAUGUAUUCAUGUAUCUGAUGAAUAGAGCUUGUAUAUGCAGAACAUAAGAAGCAUAUGAACCACAAUAUUGGCUGGUCUUCACAAUAUUGGUAGCUUCCCCUCACCCCUCAAAAAGUUUUAAAGAUAAAAAUGGAUGUAUGUAGUUACAAUAAACUCUUGUCUAAAAAUUUUC